CUUGAAGAACAUCUAGAGAAGAAAAGAGGAGAGAAGGAGGCAAGAAGCUCUGCUGAAACGAAGAGCACGGACUACCAUCUUCGAUCUACCAUCUUCAAGCGAAGGCCUGGUGGUUUCCAAGUUAGGCUCUGGCGGGAUUCAAAGCCUUCAAUUAGAUGGAUUCCUGAUUAAUUAUCUCUCCCAUCUCUUCUCUAUCUUUCCUCCAUCAAAAUCAGACAGAUCGAGGGUCUGGAGACUUUGGCAGUACUGCAAAGAUUCAGGGAUCUGUCCAGAAAGCAUCAUCAUUGGGAGAGACAGACCGAUCAGGCGAUUCUCCCCUUCUCCUUUUCUUUACUCCUCUUUGUCUCCUUGAUUCUUUGUUGCUCAGUGAUUCUUUCGAGGGUAUACGGAGAUUGAGAGGUUUUCAGCCAUUUGAGUGAGAAAAUUGCAACUUCAAAACAAGCAGUUAAUGAGACUGCAAAAUGGAGCCAAGCAAAUGUAGACACCCUUAUUGUUCUGAUGGUAGAGGAAGUUAAGAAAGGAAAUAGGACUACUUCGACUUUUAAUAAAGCUGGUUGGAACAACAUUGCCAAUAACUUCAAAGAAAAAACUGGGGUCAACUAUGCCAUUGUACAGUUGAAGAACAAAGUGAACAAACUGAGGCAGGAUUAUAGUCAGUUUAAGAAGCUAUUGGAGACAACUGGUUUUGGUUGGGAUACUGCUUCAAGAACUUGUACUGUUGAUGAUGAAUCCAUCUGGGAAUCGCAUAUUAAGGAUAACCCUACUUGGGCACGAUUUAAGAAGCACGGACUACCACAAUGGCCAGAACUAUGUAUGGUAUUUGGUGAUACAUAUGCAGACGGCGAAGGAAGUGGGACUCAAACAACCGUGUUGGAAACUUUGGGGGCCGAUGAUGCUAGGAAUAUGAUUGAGUCUUGUGAUGAGUCAAGUUCCGCUGAUGAAGUUACUCCAUUAGGUGAUACUCAAACUGAAGCAGUGGAAAAAAGGCCAGCUACUAAGCAUAGGCAUGAUAGGACUCCAAAUGCGAAAAGGAGGAGGAGCAAGUCUAAUGAUUGGUCAAUGGCAUUCAAGGCAAUUCAAGAUAUGAGUAAAUUAAGGGUAGAACGAGAUGCGAGCAUGUCCACUGCUUCAACCCAAAAUGCGGAACAGAUGUAUGGGAUUACUAGGGCCAUGGAGGUGCUUGAGUCAGGAUAUGAGUUAGAUGAAGCACUAUACGAGAAAGCACUUCGGAAGUUAAUGGCUGACCCGCAAUGGAGAGAAGCAUUAAUUUCCUGCCCUCCUCAUCGGAAGUCAAUACUCCUUCGUACCCUUCAGUAGUUUGCUUCUUGAAAAGUUCUUUUAAUUAGAUAGAUUGAUAACUCUACUUGGAUUGUGCCUUGACCCUACUUUUAACUUUGAUGGUUUGCUAUGUUUUCCUUCACUUUUUAAGAUGUUAUGGAUGACUGUGUCUUGACUUUUUUUA